AUGGCUUCCAAAGUUGAAGACAACCCCAAGAAAAGCACCCGAGACUUGAUUUGGGAAUGCUUUCAGAAAGUGACAUCUGAGAACAACCUCGGUACCUGGCUGAAUGAGGAGUAUGGCGACUGCACCAAGAUGAAAGCUGCCCUGGAGAGGGUGGUGUGGGCACGAAAGGCCACUGAUUGUCCAUGUUUGAUUGGAAUCGAACCUGUGGCCACCAUCAAUGAAUGUAUGGUGGGAAUUCACCAAAUGGACUACAGUCAAGAUGCAAAACAUGGCUACUUUCCCCACAUGGCCACAGUGAUCCCGCACUUCAAGAACAUCCUCUACCGAAACUUUGACCCGUUCCGUGAACCACUUUGCCUCCGAUUUGUCAGCAAGGGUGACAGGAGCAUUCCUGACUUUUCGGUGAAAUACGUGGAUGGCUUCUGCAAAGGAUUGAUUUGCCAAGCCAUUGCUGCCAUAGUUGACAAGUUGGAGAUUCCAGAUGAGGAACUGGACAGUGAGGACCUUGCGCCGCUUUUGGUGUCUCUGCGGUUCUUCAAAGCGAGGUACGUGCACAUGGUAGAUCAGCAAUCUUUCUUCUAUGAAGCGCUACGCCUUGGCCAGGAAACCUCAGAGAAGCAAACACCAUCAGCUCUUGGGGCAAAGAAAGAUGAUGAUGAUGAACAUGAUGGCGGUGAACCUGAUGAUGAUGUCAAGAAGCGCCCAGCCACUCGUCCAGGAGCAAAGCGACCUGCUACUGCUGUGAAAGCAAAGGCAAAAAGGAAGAAACCAGUAGAUGGCGGAGCAAAGGCUGCAAAUGAAUCGCAGGAGAAUGCAUCGCCCAAGCCCCCAAAGCUUGCUGCUAAAGCAAAGGCUUCCCCAAAAAAGAAAAAAACAAAGGACCAGGUUGCAACCAAGGAAGCAUCACAGACCGAAAUGACUGAAGAAGAUUUGAAAAAAAAAACUGUUGUCGGCAUACAGCUGUGGAUGGAAAAAGGCAAGAAGUGA